AGAUUGUUUAUAUUUUUCUACUUCUCUUCCUUCUUUCCUUCCGGCUCAUUUACGAAGUUCAACCAUCCAACUCACCCUCCUCAUCCAUCAACUUCCUCCCUCUCACCCCCCAGCUGCUUACCAAACUGCUGAACCUCACUGGGCUCCUAUCCCGUACCCAUCAGCCGAUCCCAAAAGGCCUACAUGCCAAAUCCCUCAACAACAACAGAUAUUUAAACAAACAAAUGCUUGCAAACAUAUCAGACUACAUAUCAUCUUCACAAUCACCCACCUCCAAUUCCUAUUAGUCCCCAACUCUCCCAUCUCCACCGACGCCCUCGAGCGAGAGAAUUCUAGCCAUCUGCUUCACCCUCCAGUCUUGAUUGAUCGGUUCCUCUCAGCUGAUCACUAUCUUUGCUGACUGUCUCAGAAACAACUAAGCUCAUUCACUCCCAACAUUAGAUUUGACAAGCACCUUGUUCAAAACCAUCCCCAGUACAAAAACAACAACAACAACAACUGAAAACUCCCAAUAACCUGGUACUCAUUGUCCAGCUCACGAUCGAACCUGCACGACUUGAACAAACACAACUGAAUCGCCCAGCUCAGACUAUCUGUCUUCGAUCAUGACUCACAUCCUCCCGGCUGGGGCACCCCAUAACGGCACGGCUUCUGCCCAAGUAUUGCAGUGCGAAUGGCAGGAGCCAGCCUGCUCAGAAUUGUUUCCAGAUCCUGAGGCCCUCUAUCGUCAUCUUUGCGAUCGCCACAUCGGUCGUAAAUCAACUGGAAACCUCACCCUUCGUUGCCAUUGGAAGAAUUGCGAAACAGUUUGCGUCAAGCGAGACCACAUCACCAGUCAUUUGAGGGUUCAUACACCUCUCAAGCCCCACAAUUGCGACGUUUGCGGCAAAGCCUUCAAGCGACCCCAAGAUCUCAAGAAGCACGAAAAGAUUCACACAGAGGAACAUCACAUCCACCAUAAACAUUCUAAAGCAGCCAAAGCUCCUGCGUUCUACCCAGUCAACUACAGCAAUCGCCCUUACGCUCCACUUCCUCAGCAUGCCCAAGCUCAACAGUCCCACACUAUGUCCUCAUCAACUAGCCCGUUUGACUUCAACAAUUCUCAGAACUCCAAUCAAUUUUCUUGGCCCUCAGUCCGUCACUUGGUACAACAACAACAAGAUAUGAAUGAAUCGGUUGUCAUCCAUGGUCUAGCACAGGCAGCUGCUCAACAAGCCUAUCACUCCGUACUAGCCAGCUCGACUGUUAGCUCUCAGAAUCUCAUGGGUGGCGUGCAAUCUGUCACCGGGCCUAUCUUUCCAAACGCUGUCUCAUACCCCACCCCCAUGCCCUCAGCCACAACGACUCAUAUGUCCAUGACGAACAACCCACUUGCACCCGUCUCUAGUGUUGAUUGCUCUCGACAGUUUGCCUCUUCUGGGGCCGACUUGAGCUACCCAUCCCUGCAGAUGUUGAGUAGUCGCCCUCAGAAUACUAGUAUUUCUGGCGCUUCGAUCGGCUCGAUUACCGACUGCUUAUCUGAUCAAGGCUUGUCCAACUUUUCUCAAGAUCCUGGUCCGUAUGUCAGCCAAUCCACGCGGACUCCCCCUCAUCCUAGCUACGCCCGAUCGAGCUUGAGCUCACCCCCUCAUCACCCGCUUUCACCACCGGGUGCAGCUUCUGAUAUCACCCGAUCCCAAACCAGCGACGAUCUGUUCCAGAGCCUCUGCGCUCCUCGUCAUUCAUUUAGUGCUCAGCCACCCCCGCCUGUCGGAGGACACAAGCGUGAUUAUGAUGAAGCUGUCUACGACUUGAUUUCGAGAUGCAAGCGAAGUAAAUUUGAGGAAGAUUCGGACGAGACCAUCGCCCGAUUGGCCAAAUUCCUAUGUCCCGACGUCAAUCUCAACCUUCCCUCGUUGGAUUCACAUAGCUCCUCUGAUGCGUCGUCACCGGUCUCGUCGCCCCAUCCUUACCCGGCCGAGCAGAGCUCUACACUGAGCCCGCCAUCGGACCUUGAUUGGCUUGCGGACAAAGCUGAGACGGACAAGUUGACUGAUUUGCUAGCCCACAUUGGGAGCGAAAUCGAGUCGUCGACGGCCGCCAUAUUCGGACCCUCCUGGCCAGAUAUACUGUCAUUCAACACCAGCCUGCCGACUGAGCAGCCAGCAGUCAAGAGGACUUCGACAACUUCCCUCUCCAGCGCUCCUCUCAACCAUCAUAUCCCGAAUGCUGAACUUGAUCGUACUUCCUCAUUCCACACUGCACGCCACCCCCACAAUCCGUCCUAUGGAUCCAUGCCUCCGGUCACUUCUUCAUCCAAUUAUCCAACCCUGCCGACCUCCUAUUGCGGCUAUCCUAAUCUUCAGCGACCCCCGGCUGACUGCCAAAUGCGAGUCUCCAAACCGCUAGCGCCACCUGAGCUUUCGUCCGCCUCGUAUUACUCCGCGCCUAUGAGUCUUCACAAGGUUAAUCCGCUCCAACGAGCCAUGCCAGUGGCUACUCAUGCGCCCACGAACAUGGAAUCCGCGCUUCAGCCCUCCGGCCAGAAACUGGCGGACCAAGUCGACUUCUCGAACGACGGGGCCGAUUCAAGUUCUCGUCGGCUGAGCAUCGACCAAAGUCUCGAGUUGGCCCCCAUGGGCCUCAGCAAAUCCAAGCCGUUAUCCGGGACCACCUUACCACCGCUCCGGACUUUGUUUGGCGAUUCUGAUCGGGGUUCGUCGCCGGCCAGUGCAGUCUCAUCCCCGGGUUCGCCAGCCCAAUUCAGUAGCUUUGUGCCGGCCGGACGCAGCGCGAGCAGCGGACCGAAGUCGAUCUAUCCCUCGUUAAUGAAUUUGACCGCAACUUUCGGCCGGUCCGCGGAGGACAAGACUGCUAGUGAAAGGACGGAGACGGCGGACUCGCUCGUGCCCAGCGUGCGUGGGAUGAACCUUGCUUCUCGCAGGGCGAGUGUGGCCUCAAUCAGAUCGUCCUCGUCGCCGGCAGUGCCGGAGGAGUGGGUGAAUGAGAUCGGCGAGGAGCCGUCACCUCGAGAGGAAGGAGACUCGGACUCGGAGGAAGGCGGCGAGGGCGGCGAGAGUUUGCCGCAUCACAAACGGUUCCGACUCUCGCCCCGCUCGACAACCCGCUCGACGCCCUCCCUGGCCGGAUCGGCUGCCCAAAGCCUCGUCCACAACAGCCUCUCGGGUAACGACAAGGAUACGCUCGACCAUACCGGCAAGCAGCUCAGCCUCAUCCAUUCCCUUAUCAUUCGCAUCAACGAGGCCCAUCGUCAGACCAUCAUCGCCCGAUCCGCAGCUCGACUGGCGCCGGCGUAUCCUUACUACCCCUCGCCCAGCCAGUUCGCCGCUCGAAAGGAAGGCUCCCUCCCUCUUGUGGACGAUGACAACGACGACAACAGUCCGACUGCUCCGAAGUCACUAAUGUCGUAUGAGCUUCCCCUCUGCUUCCCCCCCCCCCCUUUGACUAUACUCUCUUUUUGUUUUUUUCAAACCUCGGAUCGAUUGCCGUGCUUUGUGCCAUCUCGAAUGAUGCUGUUUCGUUCUUUUUUUUCGUCUCUUCUUUUUUUUUUUUUUGGCUGACUCGUUCUCAUUAUAUUGCUCAAUGAUCUAACCAAGAUAUAUAUACAUAUAUAUAUACCUAUAUAUAUAACAGUUUUUUUAUGAAAAAAAAUUGGGUUUCAAAACCACAUAAGAAUCAAAAAAAAAAUACACACAUAUAUAUAUAUAUACAAAAACUAACGAAGAAAAAAAAAAAAAAAAAAACUAAAAAUCGACAAAUGAACUCAAAAAAUUGAACAGUUCUAUGUGUUUAUGUACUCCGGCUAUGUAGUGCCUUGUCUUCAUCGUUCCCCCAUCUCUCGUCUCGAAAUUUUUCACAUAUUGAUCAUUAACGCGACCCACAUCCAAACAUGAGCUCUUCUUAGUCCUCCAUUCCAAUGUCUCUGUUCAUAAUCAUAUGCAUGCUGUGCUUGGGUUUCCAAUCUUAUGUUCGCGUUUUUUUUUUGAUGGUAUUUCAUUCUAUUGGUUUUGGUUUUGCCUUUUGGUUUUUUUGGUUUUUGGAUUUUGUUUGAUGGGGAGAGAAGUCCGGGUUGGCGGACGAUGUGGGGGGUGACUGGUGCUCAUUCCGCUGCUCGACUCGAAGAAUACUCUCACCCUCAGCAAUCCUUGAUAUAAUAUGCGUCUGCGGUAGUUCCUUUGUUUCUUCUCAGCUUUCUUUCCUUUUCUUUCCUUCUUUCUCCUUGAAAUCUUUACAUCCAUCGCUAUUAUAUAUAACAUACAUAUAUAUAUCCAGAAAUGUGUUUGUACACAUAGUUAGUCUUGUUGGCUUCCAUGCUCCUCUUGCUUCACACACACACGCGCGCGCGUGUUCCUUCCUUCUCUUGGCUGAUGAUCCGAAAACAGACAUGCAAAUAAUUAUAUAUUGUCAGUG